AGCGUGAGAAAACGACCGCUACGCAGCGCUGGGGAGAGGAGAGACUGCAACUAGUGCGGAUGCCUUUACACGCACCGAAACUGGACAAUACUACGCGCAAUGCCGGCUCAGGACACGGGUUACCAAUUACAUAGAGUUACGUUGUCUAUAUGUAGUUGUCAUAGAUGUUUAUGUAUUGAAAAUGACAGAGGAGUUGGUGCGUAAAAGUGGGCUAAGGCGUCUGGCGAACUUCUUCCUCCCAUCCAGCGGCGCUUCUGUCUCGGCACGGGUGCAGCGCUGAUCUCCCCUUAAUGGGCAUUGUUCGGGUUUAAUUUUAGCCAUAAUUUCAUCAAAAAAUGGCUGUGCUCCCUGGCUUCUUGCAGAGUCCCACCCAGAUUGGCUCGUCUCUCCACUUCACCGCCAGGUUUUGGUGUUUUUUGCUGCUCAUUUGCUUGGCGGUCGCCUCCUCGAGUCGUGAUGUUGUCCCGAAAAAUGACGGAUCCACGGGGACGGUCCACGGAGACGGCUCGGGACACCACAACAUGUCCACGAUCCAUAAAAAGGCGUUUCCUGUUUUAUCCUUCAACUAUGCACAUAUUCGAAAACCCUUUGAGAUCUCUUUGUGGAUUCUCCUGGCUCUGCUCAUGAAACUUGGCUUCCAUAUCAUUCCUCGUGUUUCCAACAUCGUCCCUGAGAGCUGUCUGCUGAUUGUGGUCGGUCUGUUGGUGGGUGGAGUCAUCAAAGCCAUCAAAGAAGAGCCCCCAGUGUUAGACGACCAACUCUUCUUCCUCUACCUCCUUCCCCCCAUCAUCCUCGACGCUGGUUACUUCUUACCUAUCCGCCCCUUCACCGAAAACCUGGGGACUAUUCUGACCUUUGCUGUGGUCGGGACCCUUUGGAAUACCUUUUUCAUUGGUGGGACGAUGUAUGGAGUUUGUCAGAUUGCAGGGGCACAGUUACAAAGAGUGGAUUUACUGUCCUGUCUGCUUUUUGGGACCAUUAUUUCGGCGGUAGACCCGGUGGCAGUGCUGGCUGUGUUUGAGGAGAUACACAUAAAUGAACUGUUGCACAUCCUGGUGUUUGGAGAGUCACUGCUAAAUGAUGCAGUCACUGUGGUCCUGUAUCACCUGUUUAAAGAGUUCUCUCUGGAGGGUGGAGUCACAGUGGGAGAUGCGUUUUUGGGCGUGGUCUGUUUUUUCGUCGUAGCGCUCGGCGGGAUCCUGGUGGGGGCGAUAUAUGGGAUCCUGGGGGCCUUCACUUCUCGCUUCACGUCUCACACACGAGUCAUAGAGCCGCUGUUUGUGUUCCUGUACAGUUACAUGGCCUAUCUGUCGGCUGAAGUCUUCCACCUGUCAGGAAUCAUGUCUUUGAUUUCAUGUGGAGUGAUGAUGCGUCCGUACGUUGAAGCCAAUAUUUCCCAUAAAUCCUACACGACCAUAAAGUACUUCCUGAAGAUGUGGAGCAGCAUCAGUGAAACUCUGAUCUUCAUUUUCCUUGGCGUCUCCACCGUGGUCGGGCCUCACACCUGGAACUGGACCUUCGUCAUAGUAACUGUGUUCCUGUGCCUGGGCUCACGAGUCCUGGGCGUGAUUGGACUCACUUACAUCAUCAAUAAAUUCCGUAUUGUGAAGUUGACCAAGAAGGACCAGUUCAUUGUGGCGUACGGUGGCCUGCGAGGGGCAAUAGCCUUUUCUCUGGGUUUCCUUCUGACCAAUGAUGAUCUCAAGCACAUGUUCCUCACUGCCAUCAUCACAGUCAUUUUUUUCACCGUUUUUGUACAGGGUAUGACCAUCAGACCGCUGGUGGAGCUGCUGGCCGUAAAGAGAAAGAAAGAAACGAAAGGAUCUAUAAACGAGGAGAUCCACACACAGUUUUUGGAUCAUCUCCUCACUGGAAUUGAAGACAUCUGUGGACAUUAUGGACACCAUCACUGGAAAGACAAGUUGAAUCGUUUCAAUAAGACGUAUGUGAAGCGCUGGCUGAUCGCGGGGGAGAGGUCCACAGAGCCUCAACUCCUCUCCUUUUAUAAUAAGAUGGAGAUGAAACAGGCCAUGAUGCUGGUGGAGAGUGGGAGCACGGCUAAACUGCCCACACUGGUCUCCACAGUGACCCUACAAAAUAUUCAACCAAAGGACUUGCCAAAGAAGCGAGCGAUACCGAGCAUCUCCAAAAAACGUGAAGAAGAAAUCCGAAAGAUCCUCCGGGCAAAUCUGCAGAAGACAAGACAGAGACUGCGGUCGUACAGUCGCCAUGACCUGAUGAGCGACCCGUUCGAGGACAACGUCAGUGAGAUGCGCUUCAGGAGACAGAGGGUGGAGAUGGAGCGAAGGAUGAGUCACUAUCUCACAGUUCCUGCAAAAACCCAAGAAAGACCUUCACUGAGGAAAGUCUCUUUUGAACCAGAGCACAAGGUUUACACAUACGACGAUAGUGAGAGUCCCAACAGAAGAAGAUCUGAGGGCGCCUCCGUCUCCUCCAGGGAUCCUGACGACGUCUUUGUCCCGAAUGAGACUCCUCCACCGACCAAUCAGAGAGCAGCACCAAAGAAACCGACUAACCAGACCACAGACGAAGACGAAGACGAUGUCGCUCUAACAAUGUCCCGUUGCCUUAGUGACCCAGGACCAAAAGAGGAAGAUGAAGAUGACGCAUUUCUACCAUAAAAAAGCACAGACACAAAUAUCCCAAAACACAGAGGAUGAACUCAGAGAACUCAUAAUAUGAAUUGAACUGAGCUGUCCUCCAAAUAAUUCAUGAGUAUUAAUAUUUAUUCAUUGAUUUUGUGCCUUUUGUUACGUACAUUUCUUAUAUUUUUAUCAUGACCAUACAGUGUUACCAAAGCAUGUUUGUUUUUAAAAUAGAAGUAAUAUAUGUUUUGUCUUUAUUUGUUGGUCAGACAAAAGUGCACUGCGCAACUUUUCUGGUGGAGAGUCCGCCACCUUGUCUCCAUGGAGAUGUUAACGCUUUCCCUAGAAUGUUCCAUGGUAUUUCCAUUUAGCAUUUAUUCAUUACAGGUGUUUCUUUUGCUCAAAAAUACAAUAAUUCCUUCUGUGAAUAGGGGCGACUCUCCACAGAUCUGAAUUGUAAUGUAGCGUAGUGCUGUAACCUGCUUGUCUUUUUUGUGAUCUGUACUGUGAAACAUUCUAGUCAAAGCAAUAACAUUUCUACGGAGACAUCAUGUGGCUGAUCCCCCCCACUAGAAAUGUUACAAAGUGGAUCUUUAAAUGUAAAAUGUGACAAAGUGUUGUUUUAAACUGACUUAUAGCACAAAACAUUCGGAAAAGCACAUCAAACUAUCAUCCUAUGGACUGCUACAAAAGUCAUUUUAAUCCAAUUUUAAUGUUUCAGUUUAUUUUUUAUCUACAUGGGGAGUAAAAUGUUAUUUAAUUGUAAUAUAAUCAUCUGCGUAAUUAAAGCCAAUAUGCUUAUGAAAUGUGAUUUUUUUUUUUUUUUUUUUUUUUUUUUUUUUACAACUAAUAAGAUAAUAUUUUUGUUUUUGCAUGAACCAUUAUAACUCAGCUUCUAAAUCAGCUUCCGUAAAUGUUCAACCAGCCAGGUGUAGUCUGCUUAAUAUCUAUAUAUGCUACAAAGCUUACAUUCAGAGCUGAUAUAUAGGCCUUGUAGUAGAGCACUAAUCAUUUAUGAAGUAAUUUUGGCUUAUCUGUUUGACUUUUUUUUUUUUCUCAGGGACUUUAAACAUGCUGCAAAAUCAUGAAGUUAUGUCCAGUACUGACUGUCUCAUGUUACAUAUUGCUAUUGAGUGCAAAGUGUUACAAGCACACUGUUACAUAUGUACUAAUGUCUAUUGUUGUUCACAUAUUAACAAAACAACUGAAACUAAAGCAAAUGCUGCAUAAACAUCUGCCUUAAAAUGUGUUAUUUGUGUGCCACUAUUUUUAUAAUGUGUCCAUAAUAAAGCUUUUACAAACCUUU